AUGAUGAGUGCGGCAUCAUUUGCGAAUCCCAUCGGCGGCCGCCCGCCACAGUACCGUACUCCAUCCCCUCCUCUCCGCGCCGUCGAGCCUAUAACUCCAUCCACAACCACCGAUUUCCCCUCCUCUUGGGCCAGCCACGGCCCUCUCCGGGCUGCCAGUCUUGAUCGCGACCAGCGUCCUUCGAAUCACAAUCGACAUGUUGCCGCUGAAAGUGGUUCACACCAGCGAUCGGGCCAUGGCCGCUCAAGCUCAACUAUCGACACACUUGCGACGAUCGCCCUUGCAACGAGUCCUACCUUCGCACCGCUCCCUCCCAAUCCGCCUUCCCCCAACCUUCGGUCGAUGAUUCCCUUAUUUCCACCCGGCUCCGCAGAGUCUGAACGACCAGCAAAACGGGCACGGUCGGCGAGAAAUCUGUCACCUUACCACCCGCGGUCAGGAAUGCUGACAGAAAACCCACACCCAGCUGGGCUCGAAAGCAUAACCGAUGCAGAGCUUUUACUCAAUCUCGCGCGGCCUACUAAUUUUCGCCCUAAACGAGUCAGCAUCGACGAGACCUACCAUCACUACGCAGGCGACGCAAUUCGUCAAGCUCGAGUUGGGUUUUCUGCCGGCGGACAUCUGGACCAGGGCGCUGUUAAGAUGAGCCACAGUUCGGAUGAAAUACCUCAUGCCCGCAUGCGCUCUCGCUCUGACGGGUCAGCCUUCAUAUCCCGUCCUGCGAUCCGUGGAAUUCGCCCAACUACUAGCUCUGGCGCCGUCCCACCAAUUGUUUGGGAGGACGAACACGAAGGCAAGACCUGUCAUCCACCCGCUGAUAUGCCUGACGAUGCUGCUUAUGGGAUCCAUCCCCCGGUUGAUGCACGGGAACCUCAAUUCCCACAAAAGUCCCUGCCUAUUCCACCAAAGAUGGAAGACGAAGAGAGUGAUACAAAUCAAGCAAGCUGUGGGGCAUGUCAUUUAGUGCGCAUCCCAGUUGAGACUGAGGAUCAAGACGAAGACACGUGGAUCAGUUGCGAUGGAUGCAAACGGUGGUUUCACAUAGUUUGUGCCGGCUUCAAGAAUGAUCGAGAGGUUCGCACAGUCGACAAGUUCAUCUGUCGACCAUGUCGUUCAGUUUAUGGCCAAACAACUUUUGUGCGCAAGUCCUCGCGCGCCCGUACAGCCAUUGACUACGCAGGUCUGAAUCAAGGCCUCGUCAAAGCUGCCACGGACUCGUUGGAACACCACUAUCUCGAGCCCAUCCGUCAAGGGAAGAUCCGAUUUCAGCCUGAGAAUUUCCCCCGAAUGAGGCCUGAGCUUGUCACAGCGGAAUACUUCGAGCGAGGAAACGGGUGGACAGAGCCUAUUGUUAUACCUGCCUGCUGGAACUCCCGCGAGCUUGUUUACUCGGAGCAUCCUGACUUCGAGUCUUUAGUACAAGAGGCUUCAUCUCAAGAGAUGUUCGAUGAUCUUCUCGACAACUUCCCAGAACAAGAGACCCACAUGGAAGAAACGGUUGAUUGUGGCCAAGACCUCUUGGGUAUGGUCAUCCCGCGGGGUCUCACUGUCCGUGCUGUGGCAGAGCUUUACGGACUCGAAGAAAGGGUUGAAGUGAUCGAUGUCAAGUCCCAGCAAGGAGAGGACAAGAGAUGGAACAUGCAGAAAUGGGCCGAUUACUAUGAAAGCAAUGAGCAGGACAAACCUGUCAGAAAUGUCAUCAGCUUGGAGGUAUCGCAGAGCAAACUCGGCAGACUCAUUCGGCGACCGAAGGUUGUGCGUGACUUGGAUCUGCAAGAUGCUGUGUGGCCAGAGGAACUGAAGGCAAUUGGCGAAUAUCCCAAAGUUCAGUUCUACUGUCUGAUGUCUGUUGCCGACUGCUAUACCGACUUUCAUAUCGACUUUGGAGGAUCUUCAGUUUACUACCAUAUCCUGAAGGGCAAGAAGACCUUCUUCUUCAUUCCUCCAAAAGACAAACACCUCAAGAAGUAUGAGGAGUGGUGCAACUCUCCCGCCCAGGACUCGAUUUUCCUUGGAAACCAGACCAAGGAGUGCUACCGUGUGGAUCUAUCCGAGGGAGACACCAUGCUGAUUCCAUCCGGCUGGAUUCAUGCAGUUUGGACCCCGGAAAACAGUUUGGUGAUUGGUGGCAACUUCUUGACCAAGCUGAACUAUGGGAUGCAAAUCAAGAUCCUCAACAUCGAAAAGGAGACCAAAGUCCCCAAGAAGUUCAGAUACCCUUACUUCCAAAAGAUCCAGUGGUAUACAGCUCAAAAGUAUCUGGAGGAUGACCCCGUCCCGCAAAAUGUGAUGGAAGCAUUUAUGCAGGAUGAGAACUAUCGGUUCCACCGUCGAUAUCCAAUUUAUUAUGAGUUUGGAGAACGUGCCAACCAAGAACCUCGAGGUUCUCCGCAUCACAAUGCCCGCUUUUAUUCGCAGGCGGAGUUGGAGGGCCUACUUGAGUUAACUAAGUAUUUGCUACGAACCGCACUCAUUGCGGGUGGCUAUACCGUUGAUGGAGUCGUCUCCAUGGAUGUUCGAAACGCGGUCAGACGCUCCAUCCCAAAAGGCACAGGAGAUCCCGUGGACAUGAUCAGAAAAUUCGGAAUUUGGGUCGCCUGGAAGCGUGGUAAUGAGAAGGCACCCCUCUGGACUCGACCUGGUGUCAUCGAAAGCAAUCCCAAAGUUUCUAUUACAGACAAGAAGCCCGCAGGACGACCAAGCCGCCGAUCCGAACGCAACGUCGAUUACCAACGCACCUACGCCGAAAGACAAGCGGUCCAGUGGCCUUCAGAGGAGGCUCCUGCGACCCCAAAUCCCCCAGCCAGCAGCCUUGCUUAUGCGCAAUCUGAUGGAAGUGCAACACCGGCGCCAUUCAAUAUUGCUCCAGAAAUAAGCAUCAAAGAUAAUACUGCUACACCAAAGCCACGGGCUGUGCAACGAGCCUCAGGUCUUGGUCCCAAACGAGUUGCAUGUGAUGCCUGUCGCAAGCGACGCAUUCGAUGCCGGCACAAAGAUGAACCCGGUGAUCUGGUGCUCAACGGGCAAGUUGCAGUCAAUGCCUUCACACCCGGCUCUGGGGUGAGCACGCCGUCCUCCUUGGCCCAAGAUGCUGUGUCUGCUUUGAAUUCUUUGGCAGCAAUUGCAUCACAAACCGGGUUCCAAAACAGUGGGCAUUUGGUCGACCUAGAACAAUUUGAGAGCUCGGCAAGAUUCCAAUCCGCGGUCAUGGGCAACUCCACAAUAGCCGCCAACCGUCUCAUUGAUGUGAGCCCUGAUGGAACCAAUGGAGGGAAAAAGGGGCGCAGCAAGGCGUGCGAUGAUUGUCGGAAGAGCAAGCGCCGUUGCAUCCACGAUGAAUACGGUCGGAUAGAUCCGAUUAAGGCUCAGGAGCGCUCUAAGCCUCGUGCGAAUGCUUCCACCAAACGAGCACGCCCCGCUGAAGAGGACGACAUGUCCGCAACAGCUAAAAAGGCGAAGCAGGAGAGCACAUCGCCCAUGACACAGCCUACAGUAUUCUUUGAUCAUGAUGGCGAUGAAUUGAUGGUGCAAGCAGACCUGAUGGAUGCUUAUGAUCACGAGGCUUUCAAUCAGAUUGACUCAAGUAAGCAUGUGCCUGAGGCAGAUGACGCACCUCAAGAUCAAGCUCCGUACGCAUCACCGCCUGCCUUUCAGGCUAAGUCUGUGGAUGCAAAGGAUUUAAAUACCAUAUCUGUGUCUUCGUCCAAGCCAAACACCUCCUUGGUGUCACCUCCCACAUCGCUGGCCGAUGAGAUGGAUGGGGUCCAAGAGGGAGAUGCCGUACAAUCCGUGGAAGGGGACGUGACAACUGCUCUGCACACACCUAACUCCAACUCUCGACAUUCGUCUCGCCAACCACGACACGUCGAUCGGUUUGCACCCGAUGUACCUACGGCCCGGGCUCCGAAGCCAGCGCCACGAGCUACAUCUUCCACAAUCGGGGCACGCAAGACCACUCCUGUUCCGGCAUCCACAAGAAAGCCUUCAUCACGUCCCUCGUCUUCACACGCGAAGAAGAGCUCUCCGAUGUAUGAAAAGCACUUCCAUCGCCAUGCCCCAACAUCACUAUCUCCUCGUCAGCACAAGCAUACUCAACACAUCACUGGAGAUGAAGAUGCAGACGAGGAAAGUCUUCGUUUGAUACGAGAGCUUCAGGAACAAGAAUUUGGUCUGCGGAAACGAUCGACAAGAGUUUAG